CAUUGCGAAAUUGCAAUUAUUAUUACUCUAUAUUCACUUUUUUUUCUCAUACAUAUAAAUAUCUGUGAGUAAAGUCUUAUCAAAUUCAGCAAUCAGCACGUAUAACAGCACAUCGUCAGUUAAAAGCAAGCAUUUGUCCGGGAACUUAUGCAUCUAUAAUUCUGUUCACUGGGGAAACAAAGUGGAAGUUUCAAUAAUAAAAGAGGAAAACGACUAAUUUUUGUUAGUCACAACACAAAUUUUCUUCAAAAAAGAUUCUUUGUUAUAAACAUGAAGUUUCUUUUCGUCUUUCUAUUAACUCUACUUUCUUGUGCAGAAUAUAUCAGGGGAUUAAAAUUCGUGAACCCUGUUGUCUACGAGAUUCAAGAUAGAUUUGGAUUGACCUGGGAUCAAUUUAAAGGAAAGUGUGAUUCUAAAGGAGCAAAUUUAUUCCCACCUGUCUCUAAUUUGCGUGAUAAAUAUGACUCUGUUUCUGCACAAGUGAAAGCUGAUAUCUUGAAUCGAGCAAGGCAAACCUCCAGUGGAAUGACUGAAGCAAAAUGGGAUCAGCUGAUUAAUACGAAAUGUAUUGUUAAUUCUGAAUUGAUCUCUACGUCACAGCAGGCUAUUGACAGAAUUGUACUCUGUUUGGAUAAUAAUGGUGGAUUGAGUGGUCAGCAAAAGGAGCAAGCUAAAAAGGAUCUGCUAAAGAAAUUUUGCUCCCAGAUACGAAUGUGGGCCAAGUUCGAGUACGAUAAUUACAACAGCGGCUAACUGUAAACCGAAUACAUUUGCAGAAAGUUUGAACUGAAAUAAAUAAGUCGAUUGAAUAAA